CCGACGAUUUUCCCUUGCGUUGCCCAAGCGCGUAGCGGGUGCCCGGAAGUCAACUGUCUUGGUCAUGUAUAAAAUGAAUCUGAUGUCUAUAGACCUCCUGUGCCUAAGAGAGAGAGAGAGAGAAGAGCAAGCUAGCGGUGGGUUCGAUGGCGGCAACACUGGCUGUGGUGUUUCUUGUUCUCGGAGUGAUUGCUGUUGCAGUUGUUUUCGGAAAGAGGAGAAGAAACCGGGAAUCAUCUUCGACCUCAACGUCAUUGUCUAGAACCAACUACGAAGUAUUCUUGAGUUUUAGAGGUGUGGAUACUCGCAGAGGAUUCACAGAUCACCUUUACAGCAAAUUGAUAGAUGCAGGGAUCGAGGUCUUUAAAGACGACGAAAAUCUCCAUGCUGGAGGAGAGAUCAAGCCGGAGCUAAUAGAAGCGAUCAAGCGGUCGAGGAUCUCGAUAGCCAUCCUCUCCAAAGACUAUGCUUCCAGUAAAAGUUGCCUCAUGGAGGUGGUACAAAUGUGGGAGUGCAGAAAAUCUAACGGACAGACUAUUGUCCCGAUUUUCUAUGAUGUUAGUCCCUCCGAUGUAAAACACCAGGCUGGGGAUUUUGAAACGUCCUUCCAUCAACAUGAGAAGGACGGAGUCAACUCAAAUACCAUUAAAACAUGGAAGGAGGUUCUUCGACAGAUUGGGGGAUUAAGCGGAUAUCAUCGGGAGAUCGUAAAUGGGGGGCACGAGUCCCAGCUCGUAAAAGAAGUUCUCAGACGGGUCAGGCAGGUGUUGAAGAAGGAUGACCAAGUUGUAACCGAAAAACUAGUUGGAUUUGAUCUUCAUGUUCAAGAGAUGAUGAGAAAGCUUGGUGUUGUCUACAACGAUGGACAAGCGAUUGAAGUAUGUGGACAAGAUGUACGUGUAGUUGGAAUAUGUGGAAUGCCAGGGGUUGGAAAGACUACACUUGCAAAGGUUGUCUUCAACAAGAUGCAUAUGUUGUUUGAUGAAUGUAGCUUCCUUGAAGGUAUUAAUUCGAAAGGAGUCAUGUUUUCACAAGAAAUGUUGAUUGCUGACCUUCAAAAAGAAAAACCUGCACCACUUAAAUCUUCUGAUGAAGGUACUAAAAAAAUAGCAAGUCUAUUUAAUGUUAUGAAGGUUCUCAUUGUCCUUGACGAUGUGCAUGAGAUUGAGCAAACUAAAGCAUUAGCCGAGAAACUUAGUUGGUUUGGUCCAGGAAGUAGGAUAAUUGUGACCACAGAUGUAAGGAAUGUUCUAGAUGGUUUUAACGAUGGACCAGCCGAAGAAUACAAGGUUGAACCCAUGAGAUAUCACCAUGCUCUUCAACUCUUUCGUAAGCAUGCUUUCCAAGGGAAUGCUCUCCAAGAUGUCUCUGACUAUGAUCCCCUGUCCAUAGACAUCGUCAAAGCCAUCGGAGGGCUUCCUUCGGCUAUUGUGGAUGCGGCUUCAUAUUUAUGCGCCAAUAAGGAUGAUAUACGAAUAUGGAGAGAGACCUUGAAUUUAUUAAAAGAAGACCAAGGAAAUAAAGUUGAAUCUGCCUUUAAGGACAGUUACGAAUCUUUAGAUGUUCGUACAAGGGAGAUAUUCCUGGACAUAGCAUGCUUUUUUAUUGGAAAGGAUGUGAGGAUUCCCUCUUACAUGUGGGAGGCUUGUGAUUACUAUCCUGCUAGAGGAAUAAAACGCCUUCGUGAGAUCAAUUUCUUGGAAAUUGGAGAAAAUAAUGAAUUAAGAAUGCAUGACCUGUUAAGAGACUUUGGCAGGAAACUUGUCGAAAGAAAAGAUCUUCAUGAGCGCUGCAGGUUUUGGAAUCACAGCGAUGCACUUUCCAUUCUAAAGGAUAGUAAGGGUACUGGAACUGUGGAAGGCAUUGGUCUAACGGUUGAAGAGGGUUGCACCGUCUGUUUUACAUGUGAAGAAUUUCAUAAAAUGUCGAACUUGAGGUACCUCAGACUGGACCGGGCUAACAUUCAGGGAAACACCGAAAAUCUUCUUCCAAAUUUGAGAUGGCUUGAAUGGCGAGCAUGUCGUUUGAUUUCUGAGCUAGGUAAUAUGCAUUUGAAGAAGUUAGCCAUUCUCGAUCUGUCUUGGAGUUCAGUCACUGAAGAUUCACGAGUCUGGAGACAAAUCAUGGAGAAGGUGGAGGAAUUGAAAGUCUUGAACCUACAAGGAUGUGUUCAGUUACCUGCAUCGUUGAACUUUCGAGCUCCAAUCAAUUUGGAGAUUUUGAUACUGGAAGAUUGUACUCAGUUAUCUCAAAUUGGGCCAUUCAUUAGUAAUCUGAAGAACUUGAGUUCCUUAAAUUUGAGAAAGUGCUGCCGAGUCAAGCAGUUGCCCCAAGAACUGUGCUGCAUGAAAUCUUUGAGGGAACUUCUGAUUGAUGGAACUGGCAUCCAUAGAAUAUGUUUCCCGGAAGGUUCUUUGGAGAAUCUUGAAAUACUUAGUGUUUGUGACUGUCAAUAUUUGCAAGAUAUAUCCACAAUUGGCCGCCUAAGGAAUCUCUCAAGUCUUGCUCUGGAUGGUGCUGAUAUUGAUGGGCUUCCAAAUACUGUUGGAUUUCUUCAGAAACUUCGCAGACUUUCUUUAAGGAAUUGUUGGAAGUUGGGUAAACUUCCAACUUCCAUCGGGAAGCUGGAGCUGCUGGAGGUAAUGGACCUUUCAUACACUGGAAUCAUGAAAAUGCCACGGUCAAUUAAGGAUUUGAGGAAUUUGAAGACGCUGAAGAUGGCGCACACUCCCCUACGAAACUUUCCUGAAAAUAUUGUGAACUUAGAGAACCUGGAGGAGAUAGACUUCUCUUGCUGCAGAAGUUUGGAGGGUGAAGUACGUUGUGAUAUUUCAGGAUUAUCCUCUUUGAGAAUUUUGAGAUUAUCGUCAUCUGUUGUUGCUGGGCUGCCUAUGAGCAUUUGCCAUCUCUCUCGCCUCCAAACCCUUGACAUACUUGACUGCGACCAACUUCGGGCUCUACCGAAGUUGCCCUCCAGUUUACUCAGUCUUGUCUGGGGAUCCAAAGAAAUGACAGUCCCCGACUUGUCAUAUCUGACAAAUCUAAAAGAGUUACUUUUGAAAGAUGUUGAGCAGCCGAAAACUGGAUGGCUAAUGAGGAUAUUGAGUCAGAAGACCCCAAAUAUGGGGUGGAUCACGAGAUUACCAAGUCUAGAGACCUUGCAAUUGUCCCUUCCAAUGGUCACCAAUCUCCCUGGGAAUUUUAGUGCCCUUACUCAGUUCCGGGAACUCUCUUUAUCCUACAUGAAGGAGCCAGACCUCACGCAACUUUCAUCGACUUCAAGCUUAUCGACUCUGCGUCUCAAACAUUGCAAGAUUCAAGAGUCAAAAUUUUCUAGUCUGAAAUAUCUGUCAGAACUAGAACUAGACGGCUGCGAUUUAGCAAAGAUUGAUGGUCUUGAAGAUUUAAAGCUUUUGGAAGUUCUGAAAAUAUCUCGAUGCAGUAUAACCACCCUUGAUGGGCUCAAAAAUUUACCGCGUCUCAGGAAGGUGCAAGUUUUCUCUUGUGAUCUUUCCCAUCUUUCAGAAUUACGCGAAUGGGAAUGUGAAGUGGAAAUUUGCGGUACCAACUACCAUUGUACUUUCAGUCUUUGACAGGACAUCUCCUUUUAGUCUAAGAAGCUGGAGCGCGACCUCUUUAAGGGCCACAAAAUACCACAGGCAAAUUCUCCGCGUUCGGCAAUCGGCAGUGGCAUCAAGAAUCCCUUCGAUUACAACAAGAAAGAGAAAAUGAAGAAGAAAAAUAAGAUCUAGCAUCCAUGGGCGACAUUGCAAGGACUUUGCAAUCGUGAGCCAUCACGGGCCUGGGCUUUCGUCAGGUCUGCUGGUGAAAUUCGUGCUUAACACCGCCUUGAUUGUUGCCAUUCUUCAUUCUAGUUAAUUAAUUCGUCACCACUAGGCACGUGGCCCAGUGGUAAGGAGAUUUGGUGGGGUGUGGAUGUUUUAUUUCAGGUGUGAGAUUCGACUCCACGUUCUGUAAAGAGACAAAGUAAAAGUAUAAGAGGGAGAGUUAAAAUAGGAUAGAUAAAAAAAAAAUCAAGUCUCGGUUCUGAAUCUCCGAGAGUUGAUUUAUGUAAUACUUGGAGUUUGACCAAGUCAAAGGUCAAAACAAAAUGGACGUUCAUCUCAUUAAAAAGGGCAAAAGGAGAGGCCGAGAGAAACGCACCACCAAGAAAGAAGAAAAGGAAAAGGGAAAAAGAAAGAAGAAGAAAGGGAAAAAGAGAAGCGGGGUUUCGCAUACAUGCCAUUGAUGCUUCGUCAAGUUGGAUCAAUUACGUAUCGUAAUGCCUGGUAAGUACUUACACCCUUCGUUCUUCCAAUCGGAGAAAUUUUUGGAAUUAUGCCUUAAAUUCGAAGUUUUGUGAAAUUUGAGCCUCGAAGUCCAAUUUUUGAGUUAUUGCGUUUUGGGAUUUCAUGGAAAUUGUGGAUUAUGGCAUUGCAGAGCUGAUGGGAGUCAAUUUGGAGCAACGGUUUUGUCGGAGCAAAAUUUUAGGGUUUCAUAUGCGAGUUCCGUGUUACGAAUAGCUUGAAUAAUUGCUUUGGGUGUGCAAUUUAUUGAUGCGUAAAAGUUGUUUUGUUAGUGUUUAAGCAUAGUUUAGCCAAUUCGUAGUUGUUGUAGUAUUGUACUUGGUGUUGAUGUCGAUUAUUGUUUAAUUGUUAGAAUACGAGAUCGUCGGCGCAUAUAAUAAUGUAAGUAUUCCCAAGUGAGUGGUGAUAUAUCUUUUAUGAGUUUGUAAACUCAUGUCUUGAAAAUGAUAAAAAUUUGAGUAUCAUA